AUGUCCCGGGGCAAUUAUGGCUACACAUUGCCAGAACCGAGGCCCAAAAACCAGGUCAAGGAAGUGCCGGCCAAAGCCAUGGCAGACCAAGCUCGUCGGGAGCACGAGGCACGGGAGAAGGGGCAAGCCCCACCCCGACCUUUGGCCUUGCCUAAGCCUCCUUCUCCGAUGAAUGGCGUGAAGCUUGACUGGGAGGGUGAGACAAAGGACGAUCUCUUGGCCAAGCCGCAUCCACUUCCGCCAUCAGUUCGCGCACAUCCACGCGCAUACCUUGUCCCUCCACGGCCUUCAUCAACGCUAAAAAAUAAUAUCGCCUACAACGCCACGCAGACCCAACGCGAUGGGAAGCGCAAAAGGGACGACCGUGCUGUGCCAUCGCCUGCGUCUGCUCCGAUUGUGGCCCCGAUUGUGGCUCUGGGCCCACAGCAGCAGUUCCUACCGCCUAUUAUGUCUAUGCCCACGGACGCAUUUGGUCGUCAGGCGACUCAGUGUAUGUGGGACAACGUAAACAAGACCUGGACGAACUGGUAUGCCGAUGGCGCGAUUACUACCAGUGCCCCGUACAACAUUGGAAUUCCGUCUCAGCCACCGCUCUUCGCAUCGACACCAUCGGCCGGGCAGCCUUUGAGCGUCCCACCACCCGUUCCCGCUCAGCGGGACAUCAAAUCUCGGUGGAAGGCUCCCUCUACGACCCUCUCUCUCUCGCCUAACCUCUCCCUCCCUGCUCGACCGGAUUGGACGCACACAUCACUUAAAGCCACGACAGCGAAAGCUCAGCCCUCUGAUUCUGAUAGUGCCGACAACUGUUCGGCGAAUAAGAGAUUGCGCGUAGAGGAAAGCGCUCCGCAGCCAGCGAGCAGCCAACCGCCGCGACAAGAAAGCGAGGCAGUAUCUGAUCAAAUGGACCUAGAUCCCAAGAAGGCGCCCGCCACCAGUGGUACCGCAAUGCCGACGAUGGGUGCGGUUAGAGAGAACGACGAGGAGGACGAACUUGUCUUUGACGAUGAUCUUGAAUUCGAAGAGGUGGACACUUAA